AUGUCUUCCUCACUGCGCUCAUCGACGUUGCGGAGCUGUCUGCGACGGUCACCCGCUUUCGCCUCUCAAAAGACUGGCACUCGUACUUUGACUACGUCUCGUGUGCUCAGAGAAGAGGCCGCCCCGAAUGUCGGUGCGCCAAUUCGUCAGAAGAAGCCCAUCGGCGCCGUCCGGGGCAGCAUCGUCGGGUUCUUGGCCGGUUUCUCUCUAGCGGCAUCUCUUGCAGCAUAUAACCUGCUGGACGAGUAUAACAUGGCCUCUGCGGCUCUCCAGGCGAGCGUCGAUGAGCUCAAGCUGAGCACGGAGAAGGUCUCGCCUUCUGCUGUCGUAGAAAAGGAUCUCAAGGCGCUUGCCGAUACCACGGCGUCCAAAGAAAACCUGUCGACAACUGUUGUUAACGCUAACGCAGAGUAUCUGGGUCUGCGCGCGAAUGUUUGGGGGAUUCAACAAGAUGUGCACGCCUUGUCUAAAAAAGAUACCACUUCUGUCCGGAUAUGAUCUGUUUGGACUGUGUGCAAUUCAUAGAUUGUCUUCUUGCGUGCGAUCUGUCGUUCAUCAUUGCACGGCUGCUGCCAUCAACUCCGGCGUCUGAGCUAAAUGCUCCCAGACGGAUUCUCAAGAUCUUUGUUGGUCUAAUAACAGGCAACGGCAGUUCCCUGGUCCGGGCCCAAUGGACUGUUCUCUACUCUCUGGCGCGUUCAUCAGAGGACUGGUGAUCGUGUGUACGAGAUGUCUUCGUGUAUG